AUGCCUCAGCCGGCAGUCACGAGGCGGCAGGCCGUCCAAGCCUUGCCUUCUCUCAAUCCCAUUACCAACUUCACACGCGUCGUCAAGACGCAGCAACUAUCCGACGUCGCCGCGAAAAAGGCACUCGUCGUGGAGUUACCGUCCCCUAGCCCAUCGCUCAAGAGAAAGGCAAGCUCCAUCCAACAGGACACCGACAGACGACGCAUUGUCUCCUUCUCCCCCCGCAGUGACGGAGACGAACAUGAACGUGCCCCCUUGAAGCGGGCGAGACGGGCCGGGCCAUCCCCCGCUGCAGACUGCAUUGGAGUCUCUUCCCCCAGCGAGGGAAAGCGCUUCUCCAAGGCUGCGCCGUCCAAGACAAAGACGGCUCAAAGACCAAGCCAGUCUACCAUCAUCGCCAAGGCCCUCAAGCAGGGGAGGCGGGUUCAAACCAGGAUCGACGCCGUCUAUCAGAAGAAAGCCGACAAGGCCAAGGCUAACAGGGAAGAAAAGUCACUGCUGCCGCCGCACCUGUUCGACAUGAUUGCCCUGAACAGGGCAUUCCUCAAGACCAUCAUGAUUCAGAUUGCUCACAGCGGCAGCACGGCCCCCAUCGACAUGAGGAUGAUUUCUCCAAAUGUCUCACGGACCUGGGGGAAGCGACAAGUCACGGUGGAAGACAUCCGACGGUGCAUCGCGGUUCAGUCCCACGGGCCGGAGGGCUCCGCAUCACCAUUCAUCAUUACCGACUACGGGCGGGGAAGAGUCUGCGUCGAGCUAGCCAGCGGCGUGGAGGCAGCGUCCAUCAGGGAGGACCGCCUGUGCAGCCAGUUUGAAGACAACAUCCGGGCUCUGUGUGCGGAAAAGGCCACGGAUGGAACGACGGACGUGCACGUCCCCCUGCAAAGCCUGUCGCUGUCGGAUCUUCCCCAGGCCGCCGUUGCAAACAAGACCGACGGUUUGCAAACGAACCCUCUCGUGGCCAGGGGCCAGAGUCUGCUGUCGGGGCUAAAGAGCGACAUCGCAGCCAAGCAGCAGGGGAGGCAAGACAAACAGCACCGAGCGGCCGCACAAACGGCCCAGCUGCUCAACCCCGACGGCACCAAGAUGAGUCUCCUGGACCGGCUUCGGCACAAGCAGCUGGCCAAGGCAAACGAGCCGCUGGCGCCCUCUGGCCCAGACCUUCAGCGCCGCGCCGCGCUCAACCGCGUCGUCGACGUUGCUGCCACCAUCUCCAUGCUUAGCCUGUCCAACCCGCUGUCUCUCCCCCGCCAGGCCUUCACCAUGCUGGCCAUAUCCAACAAACUCCGCGACUCACUCCGCGUGCCCCUCUCCAAGGAAGAAGGCGUGGCCUGCGUACGACUCAUUGCCGCAGAAAUCGCGCCCGAGUGGCUGCGGAUUGUGGCCAUUGGCGGCCGGGAAAAUGUCGUCAUUCAGCGCCACGGCCAGCCCAUCGAUCGGGUUAUCCGCGAGCGCGUGCAGAGGCUGCUCGCUGCGUGA